GACAAAUAGGAAGCAGACGCUCAUCCCGGUCAGUACGCAGUAUUCUUUCUCUUCGGGUUCAUUGUUGGAGACAGACGCGAUCGUACGAUAGAAUCGCGCUAAGGGAAAGUGCUUUGUAGAUCUCUAGUUUACUGGAAGAAAUUAGUUUUUCCAACUUUUAACUCAUUCGUUUAAACGAAGGAAAGUGUUUUUAACGAAAUUAACUAAUUUUCGGCUUGAGAAGCUAAAAGUGUAAGUUAAGUGUAAGCUAACGAAAAAGUAAAAUGGCCGAUAAUCAAGAUCAGGAAAUGAACGGAAACGGUCAAGAUUUUGAUCAGAAUGGUGAGCAAAAGCAAGAAAAUGGAGCGGAGGCAACGCCGGUUCGGGAUGACGACAGGUUGUUGAGAGUGACAGAGACCCAGUAGCCUCUGUGAGACAAGAAUGGACAGCUGAGAGAGACAGACAUGUGGGAUUCUGCACCAGGCUGUGCGAGAGACACAAGAGAUGAAAGAUGAGGAACUGAAGGAACACUUCGGGCAGUACGGAGAGAUUGAAAGCAUAAAUGUCAAGACAGACCCCAACACUGGCCGUUCGCGAGGAUUCGCAUUCAUCGUGUACAAAAGUGCCGAUUCUAUCGAUAAGGUUGUUGCGGCAGGCGAUCAUGUCAUCAACAAUAAGAAGGUUGACCCGAAAAAAGCCAAAGCCCGCCACGGUAAAAUCUUUGUUGGUGGCUUGACCGCCGAGGUUAGCGAUGAUGAGAUCAAGACCUUCUUUUCGCAGUUUGGCAACAUUGUUGACGUCGAAAUGCCAUUCGAUAAGCAAAAGAAUCAGCGAAAAGGUUUCUGUUUCAUCACUUUCGAUUCGGAGCAGGUCGUAAAUGAACUCCUGAAGACGCCGAAGCAAACCAUUUCUGGCAAGGAAGUGGAUGUAAAAAAGGCUACUCCGAAGCCAGAUAAUAUGCAGAUGGCUGGCCCAAUGGGCGGACGAGGAGGCAUGCGUGGUCCACCACCACGAGGCAUGCGAGGUGGACGCGGGGGACCUGGAGGACCCAAAGGUUACGGACAAGGUUGGGGUGGACAAGGAUAUGGCGGCGGAUACGGCCAGGGCGGUUAUGGUGGAUACGGUGACUAUUACGGCGAUUGGGGAUGGGGCUACAACGGUUAUGAUUACUCCCACUACGACGACUAUUAUGGAGGUUACAACGACAGCUACGGAAUGAAUGGCGGUCGACCUGUCGGCCCUCGAGGGGGUAAAGGCGCCGGUGGUUACCAGGGUGGCAAGCAGCGAGGUGGUGGCGGUGGUGGUGGCAACCGCCAACCAAGGCAUACCCCGUACUAGAUCCAGCGGACACAAACACAAACCCUGUUCCCCUCCCAUUUUUAAUUAUACUAUAGACUAGUAGUUUAGCACCCAAAACCAACAAAAAACCUUGAGAAGAAAACAUUAGAAAAUAAGCUCUGUAACAAUUCCUACUCGAGGUCCGGUAAUACAGUUGGAAUGAGCAAAACAACAAGAUCGUGUGGAAGAGGCAGCAAAUCAGAGAGCAUCCGUAAUGAGUAGUACACCUCUCCUCCGGACAAUUCCGAAGCUUCCAGGGUAAAUAUUGGUUUCAAAUGAAAUCGUCCAAAAUGAAGGGAAACACCGAGGAGAGAUUUCUUACUGCAAUUCAUUUGUGUGUUACACUCGUUAGUGGAUGAAUUAUUUUUGUUUUGCUCUUCGCUUCAUUGCAGCGCAUAUAAAGUAAAUUGAUUUACGACUUAAGAUUCACAUUGAUACUAGAUGGCAUAACAUGAAACAUUGAGGAGUUAAUACAUUCUGAUAACCGGAGGAGAUAAAUUUCCACGAAUUGCGGUUUGGAAUAAAAUGAAUCGUUCAAAAGUAAUCAUUUAAAUAUUAUUUUCUAUAUAAUGAAUGAUGAAAAUUAAUACUUGACGAGUAACUGCAUUAUAACGAAUGACUUAUAAAAGAAUGGCACUAGGCAUAUUUAUUAAAUGCAGUAUUAGAUUCUACUGUACCUCAUGUUUCAAUGGUAUAAAAUACAAAUAAAAAUACAUUUUAAAUAAUAUAGUCAACUGGUCACAUCCAAGUUUUUGAAAGUUUGCCGUUCAAUUCUAUCACGUCAUUUAGUACACGCGAUAUGUUAGAAUGUGACCAUCAGUGUGCUGGGAUUCUUUUUCGGUGGUUCCAUUUAAGUUUCGGUCGACAUGUUCCCUCCCAAUGUUUCGAACUGUUCUAUUUUUAGGUGUCUCGUUUGUCCGUAACCUUGGCUGCCACUAUAGACACAACAUAAGAGUUGAAGAUUUCAGUUGUCACUCCACUAGGAAACUACUUUUAAGCACAGAAACUAGAAAUCAUGACUGAUAUAUUUAGCAGUUGUGCAAAACGGAGGCCAAGUGUUUCAUGUAAUCGUUCGAUUUGGCAGGCAAUAGAAAAGGGAAAGUUUAGGCGUAUAAUAUAUACAAAGACUUGUACCAUACUGAUACAGAGUGUCCUCGAAAUGUCGACUAAGGCAAAGUUAACGAUUAAUUUCGAUGUAUUUUAAUCGUGGCAUUUAUCGUUCUCUAAAAAUUAGAAAUAGAUACGCAGAGUAUGAUGCGUAUUGCUAAUUUGUUCACAGUACAGAAUGCUUAAGACAGGAAAGAACAACUAAACUACUUAAUUUAUAUUUUGCUAGGAACUAAGACACAGACUCAUACAACUCCCAACUAUUUAUGUAGGUCAUAACUCCAACAUCAGUAAUGUAUAUUUUUUCAAUGAAUGCAAUGGAAAAAUAAAAAGUAUAAAUCGCCAAA